UUCAUCCCCCUUUCUUUAUCUCUCCUCCUCUCUUUAUUCACCUUUCUUUAUCUCUCCUCCUCUCUAGAACUUUCAGAAACACCAUGAACAUCACUGUUCAUCUUCUUCCCCAUUUCUCCUCUGUAUUUUCGUCCAUUUUUUCUUGAAAGUUCCCACAAAAUUCGUGAAUGAAGUCGUCCAAAAUUACAGAUCUAGGGUUUUCCUCCACAAAAUCCGUUCAACGAUCUAGGGUUUUCGUCCACAUAUUUCGUCCAACGAUCUAGGGUUUUAUUUCGUACAAAGAUCUAUGGGUUUCGGCUACAAAUUCGUUCGAUGACCUGGGUGUUCGUCCACAAAUCCGUUUAAUGACCUAGGGGUUUCGUCCAUAAAUUUUAAUCUCUUUAAUCAGUUUGCUUUGCCUUUUUUUUGCAGUUGUCCAAGUUCCUUCAUGGAUAAAUUGGGAAAUGCUUCAAUGGUUCAGAGAAAAGAGGAAGAAAAAUUCGAUUUUUCUGAUUCUGAAUAUUUCGGGGGUAUGGGUUGAUGAUUCUGUCGAGCCAUUUUCUGUUGUUCCUGAAACUCCAAUGGAUGAUUUAUUCGAUCCUGAAACUCCAAAGGCUUAUGUAUUCGAUCCAAUGGCUAUUGUUCGUGAAUCUCCAUCCCCAAGUGCUUACUACUCUGAAGAAUUCGGUGAAUGGGUUAUUCCCGACACUCCCGAUCGUGAGAUAGUCAGUACUUCGACUCUUUCUCGCAAGCGUAAAGGUGAUGGUAAAGGUAAUACUGAUGGUAAGGAUAAGGUGAAGUCUCACAAGCGAGGUAAGGUCUCAACCGAUGAUGUCUUUGAGAUGUUGAAAGGUUAUGUACCUUCUCUUGAACGUAAUAUGAUGGGUAAUAGUUCUGACAGUGAAUGACUCUGGUUGUUGGAGUUCUUGAAAGUGAAUAACUGUGACUGUUGGUGGUCUUUAAAUGUGUAAGUUAUUUAAUUACGACUGUUGUAUAAUUGUGGCUAUUCUGUACUCUGUUGUGGCUUUUAUGGCUGUUAUGUACUCUGUUGUGGCUUUUAUGGCUAUUAUGUACUCUGUUGUGGCUGUUAUUUAGUUGUGGUUAUUGUGUAAUUGUGGCUUUUCUGUACUCCGUAAUUGUAAUUGUGGAUUUUCUAGCUGCUCUGUACUCUGUUGUGGUUGUUUUGUACUAUGCUUUGUAAUUUAUAAGCAACAGCAAUGCCAAUGUGUUCCUGUUUAAUGAUAUGUUAAUCGAUUCAAUGUAUUGUUUGGACAAUCAUGUACUAAUGAUAAACUAUGAAAAUGUUAGUUACUAAUCAUUUCCGUUAAUAAUUGGACAUUACAGCAUGUUAAGUGUACAAAAAGUUUACAAAAUGAUUUGAUUAACAUGUGUUUGUUGCAAAAUGUUUACAAAAGUACUCCCUAACAUUUGACAUUCCUUGCUUUCAAAAUGUAGCUUGUUUGCAUUAGACUCCCGGCAUUGCUUGAACAUAUGCUAGACAUUCUUCUAUUAGAGUAGGAGGUGGAGAGUAGAUGACAGGGAGUAUCCCUUGUCUCUCCAAAGGUUCUUUGCCAACAUGUUUUUGCAAAUAGUUGUUGCUUCCCUUAACUCUCAUAACCUCUAUUAGUACCAAUUGCAAACUAAGGAAGACCUUAUUCCCUUUUAUUGGACAAAAUUCCUUAAAUGCAUCUUUGACAUUCUUAACCAACUCCUUGGUGUUUCUAGGAGAAUUCUGGUCUUUCAGGGAUUGUAUUGCACGGAAAAAACCCAGGUCUAGCACAUUCAUGUCUAGACUAUUAGGAGGUUGAAAUAUCAACCUUAACUGUUUGUUUGAAAGUUGAACUGCUUCCAUCCAUUCUGUGUCAUUCACUUGUAUGUGAGGCCGUGCAUUGUCUUGUUGCAAAUAGAUUAGACCUUGAUCAUCUGUUGGCCACUUUUGCAUGAUUGUCGGUAUCACUUGUCUGAUUAACAUGUUUCUGUAAGUUUCCUUUGUGACCGAUGUCACUGGUUUGAGCUCCAAAGUGCCUGCUGGCCUAUUGCUGCUUCUUCUCUUUGCUGGAACCCACUUAACAAAUGGAAACAUGCCUACUUUACCAUCGAAUAUGCAUUCUCCAUUUGCAUUAAAACGUGGUCUUGCCACAGCACAAAGGAACAUGACUUUUGUGAUGAAUCUCUUGCUCUUACAUGAUCUGUAUGGCCCGAGGUCAUUUGGGAGAAGAUAAUACCUUUGUGUCCCUUUUGUCAUGUAAAACCACUUCUCAUCUAAGUGGAUUAUGUUGUACAUGUGAUUAAACCCACCAGUAUUCUGAUCAAGUGCUCCAAGGCGCCAUUUCAAUCUUUCUUUUAGAUUUCCAUUGGUCAGAGACGGUUUCAUUGCAUUGCUAUGUGGCUUGAUAAGCCCCAAACUUUUCCACCUGUAAACUGUGGUCUUUGAAAUCUUUAAUGCUUUUGCAAGUGACCUAACUUUUACUCGUUUGUGAUAUGGAAUUUGAGCAAUUAGAGGAAGUUUGCUUAAGUGAAGCUUACCUUUUUUGCCACACUUUUUCGGUUUUUGUGACAGAAUACUAACUGGUUGUUCGCUGUCAAAUUGUGCUUUAGCCAUGUUACAGAUUCUUUGUAUUGUGGAACGAUGGACAUCGAACAGAUUAACAGCUUCAGUCACAAUGCCCCUUUGCUUCUUCGAUGCAUCAUAUCUCUGUACAAGUAACCAGUUGGCAAUUCUGGUUUUUGCUCCAUCAGUGAGUUCUCUCUUGACCCUUCUCAUUUUUACUCAAUACACUAGUUGCAACCAAGUGAGAAUUGAAGAGGCAAACUUCAACCAAGUUCAGACUCUCUUUUCACUUCUGGAUGCAAUUUUUGUGCUGAGUUUUUGGUUAACUAUACUAAUUGCAACCAAGUCGGACUUGGAGAGUUUAGGUUUAAACUCUCGUUUGACUUAGGACGACAAUAGUGUAUGUUAACCACCUCGAUGAUGAAAAUUUCCUGAAAGGUUUAAAAAAAAUCAGAUUUUCACUACCCAAACCCCCCCACGCCGAUUCAUUUCUGUUUGUGUUUCCCUUUUCAAAAUAAAAACAGUUUAAACUACCCCUUAACCCCCCCCCCUCCCCCAUAAUUAAAUUUCUGGUUGUUUUCCCCUGUUUUUUCUCUGUUUUCCUACACUUUUUUCAGUUUGAUAAUGUGGAAUUAAAGUUGGAGAAGUUGGAGAAAAGAGGAGCAACAUUUAUGAGGAAAGUCUAUUUAUAAUAGUCUUAUUUUAAGGUUUUAUUUCCACCUAAAUUUAGGAGGGAAACUGUAAAUAUUUUCAUAAAUUUACUUUUUGCAACUUUUUGGAAUUUUUCCUAAAUUUUUAGAGGGAAAAAGUGUAAUUCAGUACAUUUUGGAACUUUUCCCAAAUAUUUAGAGGGAAAGUGUACUUUUGGAUUAUUGGUUUUGGCGCAAUUAUUUGUUUUGGCGCAA